GAUUCGUUUACUCGGCGAUGGGCGAUGGCGUCAUCAUUAACGGACGGUGUUGUCAUUCUUGAAAUGUGGGAAGCGAUUGUCUCUUUUUAUUUGUUUCGUUAUAAUUUCUUCAUCACACUUUAAUCGACCAAUGCCUAACUAAAAUGGCCGAUUACUGGAAGUCACAACCGAGGAAAUUCUGUCAGUACUGCAAAUGUUGGAUUGCGGACAAUAAGCCUAGCAUUGAGUUCCACGAAAGAGGGAAGAAUCACAAAGAAAAUGUGGCUGCUAAAAUUUCAGAGAUUAAGAAGAAGAGCAUUGAAAAGGCGAAGCAGGAGGAACGUAUGUCUAAAGAGUUUGCAGCGAUGGAGGAGGCUGCGAUGAAGGCGUAUCAGGAAGAUCUGAAGAGGAUGGAGAAGGAGGCAGGAGGAUCAAGUUCACCAGUCCAAACAACAACACCAACUCCACGGCCACAACCUCAGGUGAAAUCCCAGCCCAAGAAACAGCAAAAGAAAGCAGGGAAAGCAAGCAGGAAUUUCACAGUGCAAACAGAAACACAGGUUUGGGUUGAAGGACAGACAGAUGAUGGACACACGUACUAUUACAACACAAUAACUGGAGAAUCUCAAUGGGAAAAACCAGAGGGAUCCCAAGGUGAAAGUUUGGCUUCUGCAGACUCUGGACAGACUGAGACCUUGUCAAGCUGUCCUUGGAUGGAAGCUGUCAGCCCUGAUGGUUAUACAUAUUACUAUAACACAGAGACUGGAGAGUCCAGCUGGGAGAAACCAGCAGACUUUCCUUCGAAUGAUGCAUCUGGAUCUGGGUCUAACAGAGAGGAAGAGAGUCAGGAGGAGCCUUCAACCCCUCAGCCCGAGCCACUUUCAGGAGAGGAUGAGAGCUCCAACGGGGCCCAGGCCACUCAGGAGGCUGAAGUCCCUGAACAAGCCAGCCAGCAGCCCAAAGUCCCAAAGAUCAGCUUCAGGAAAAGGAAAGCAGAGGCUGAGUCCUCAGAAAAGGAGGAAGAGGAUAAAGCCAGUGAUGAUACUCCUAAAGAAGAUGCUGAAGAGAUGAAAAAAGAGGAAGAGGUCCAAAGCACAGCAGCUGAACCUGAGGAGAAGAAAGUGGAAGAGGCAACACAAGCCAAAAGGCCAAAAGCUGCCAACCCAUAUGGAGUCUGGGAGCAGAUCCAGCUAGAGGAGGAUCCAUAUGCCAGUGUGGACUUACAGUUGCCCCAGGUGGAGGGAAGCUCAGCCAGUGCUCCAGCCGACCUGCCGCCAGAGCCCAAACCCAAGUUCAAGGAGCGCAUCAUCACCUCGCUUGGAGAGGAAGGCGGACCUGCUUCAUUUAGGAAAAACAAGACACAGAACAGCAAAUCCAGGAGUCUCCGACAGAGAGACGACGACGAUUGACCCAAACAAAACUCCAGGCCAGAAAGCAGCAGAAUGAAACUUUUACACAAAUACAACUCUUUCUAUGAACAUUUUGACAUUUAAAUGCACCAUUUUGAUCUUUGAAGUGUGCACGAAUAUCAUCUUUUUUUGUAUUAAUAUUUUUAGGACAAACAAUGACUCAACCCAUGCUCUUUUCUCUGUACUGAGAUCUGUCAUAAUGAAGGUGUACAACACUUCAAUCUUCAGGUUGGUACUCUCUCAUCUGCACAAUAUUGUAGGCAUUCUGGAGUGAUAAUUGUAUUUACGUUAAGUCCUUCUGUAGUCUGGUAAGUUCAGAUGUAUCCAAACAGAGCAAUUCAAUAACUUUUUGUAUUUUCCAUAUUAUAUCUGUAUUUUUUUACCAGUGUAAGUAAUGAAAAGCUAGUCAGACAUCCUUGUGGAAACCUCAGUGCAGUACUCAUGAGUUAAAGUGAAUGAAUGUCUUUAUAUUUUACUUUAUAAGAUGGGAAAAUGUGAUCUCAAUAAAUGAUGACUUGUCUGGAUACUGAAAAA